CAGCCUGCAACAGGACCUAUUACGGCAGGAUGGGGUCGACCUACACCCUGCAGGUGCCCAGGCCACAUCAAGGAGCACUGCCUCACUUCUGCCAGUUGACCUUCAUCGCCUCGGGUGACCUCUACGGUGACCUUGUCCAGCUUAGCAUCGAGAAGUUCAGCCUGGGAAGGUUUCUGUCGCACACGGCUGCUGGGUGCCCGGAUGGUCACAUGCAGAUCGAGGAGCUGAGUCGUCCUCUGAACGCCGGGUACUGGUGCGGGACCUCGUGGGGCCACAAUGUUUACUACUCGGAGACCACCGCCAUCAACCUCAUGCUCAGGGUCUUCAACAUCAGCAACACCAACCAGGGCGUGACCAACCCUGGCUCUUUCCUCCCGCAGCAGGACACCGUUAUGCUGCGUCUCUCUUACAGAUUCCUGCGCAAAGAGAGAGCCAUCUUGCGCUACGGGGCGCCCUAUAGUCCCAGCUACAGGGGGGAAGAUCUCCCGAACUCCUUCUGCGACAAGUCCUUCGAGAACUGUGACAAGUUGAACUGCAAGAUACAGUCGCCCAACUUCCCCGGGAUGUAUCCGCGCAACCUCACUUGUUACUACCACAUUCACCAAACACGCGUCCCCGACGGCAAGGUGGCGCUGGUGUCCGUGUACCAGCGCAACCCUCACCUUAUAUACAUCAAGGACCGCAAUGCGCCACAUUUGUCCCGGGAGCGGCGCCUGGAGGUAGGCGCCUCCUGCCACAUCCUCCACGACUACCUGGUGGCCUUCGACGGCAACACGACCCGCGCGCCAGUCCUGGCCAAGCUGUGUAAGGGAGGAGCGCCACUCUCAAGGCUCAUCGCCAGCGGGCCUGACAUGCUGCUCCUCUUCCAUGUCUCACCCUUCGACUUUCCUUUCCAGGACUCUCCUCGACGUCGAACUUUCGGCUUCGAACUAGACGUCGCGGUGGAGUUUGUGGACCGUGAGUCGACAGCUUAUGUCCGCAGAGGGUCAGAGUGCGAGUACGAGUCGAGCAGUCAGGGGCAGCGUAGUGGGUAUGUGCAGGCAUCUGCCCACUCCCUGCUGCCCAACACCACCUGCAGCUGGAGACUGCUGGCCAGCACCACAGAGAUCGUCUGGCUCUACUUCCUUCACUAUCGUCACGUGACCCACCCAGAGAUGCCCAAACCUGCUCAGUGCCCCAACACCCUCAGUAUCUUCAACGGGGACGCGGUCCCCAGUCUCGACACCAACAGCAGCACUCUGCUGCUCGGGAGGUUCUGCAAGCCGGACAAACUGCCCCGGGUGUGCAGUGGUGUGCACGCCCCGGGGCCCUUCUCUGCACCCUGCUCCCCUCAGGAGAGCUACGUGUCCACGUUACCUGCCAUGACCUUGUCACUACGUUAUGCUGCUGGUACAGCUCCCUCGCACGUAGAGUUCCUUGCUCGGUAUGAGUUCGUCGACACCCGACAGUGGGGUAUUCCGACCCUCGAUGGAGGUCCCUGUGACCGCACCUUCAGCAUGCGGCCAGAUCGCCUGUUCGCAUCUCCCAGGGACGUGUUCAUGUUCGGUCGAGGUGGCGCCAAGAGGCUGCGCUGCGUCUACGUUUUCCAGGUGGCGCCAUAUCAGCGGGUGUCAGUGAGGAUCCUGCGCGCCAAGAUGGGGCCCGAGUGCACCACAGUGUAUCGUAACUCGUCACGGCGCCACGAGUGCUCACAUGGAGGAGAGGCAGGAUACCCAGCCAUCAAGCUCAGUGAGGAACCUUGGCCCAAUGUGCAGGUUGAACGUGCCUGCCUCUGCAACGUCUCCAAUGGACGGGCCUUCAACCUGGUGUCUUACACGAACACGAUACAGCUCACUUUCAGCGUGCCAUACAUGUCUCCAACAAACGACUACAAUGAUUUUUACUUCGAGGGAGAAUAUGCCGUGACGGAGGCGCCACCGGAGGUGACCGAGGGUUGCAACGAAACGACGCGCCACCUGGGCGGCAGGUAUGGCAACUUUACAGUGGGGGCGGGCCGAGGGGAGCUGUGUGCCUCCCUGCCUCGCUUCAUCACUGCAACCGACGCCUCUUUCAUAUUCCUACGUGUCCGAGGCUUCGCUGCCACGGAGGAUAACUGCAAAGUCGCCUCCCGGAUCAACGUGUACGCCGCCGGCGGAGCCACGCCUCUGGCUUCCAUCUGCCCCGAGCGGCGGGACGUGUACACGCAUGUCUUUAGUAGCGGUUGGGAGGACUAUGAGUUCCAGUUUCAAUACGACGAGGACCCUUUUUUGUUCCAGAACGCCAGCACGUUCAACGCCACCGUCGCCACCUACGUCGAGGACCACGACCAGCCAGAGCCUAAGCGCCUGGAAUCACGUGACCUCUUUGUGGAAUAUGUCGGCAAUUACUCUGGUCGCUUUUUAGUGACGUGGAUCGGAAUUUGGCGGCCAUUAAAAAUGCCCUCACUGGUGGCUGCCGCCAUCGACCCCUGCCCCCACCGGUGCCCGGAUAUUGCGGCGUGUUUGCCCAAGGAGCUCUGGUGUGAUGGUGUUGCCCACUGUCCCUCUGGCUCAGACGAGGGAGCAGCCGCAUGUGGUCUGCUGGCCACGUUGCCCUGGGUGUAUCUAGUAGCAGCUGGUGUCCUACUUCUGUCGUUAGUGUCGCUGUUCAUCGCUGUGGUAGUGCACUGGCGGCAGGAUCGCACCCAGAAGGUGGUGGUGGAGGCGGCGAGGUCUGCCGUCAACAACGGGACUGGACUCAAAAGUACUACGCAAGACCUGCUCCUCCCGCCCGAGAACAACGACACCUGGUGACAACGAGCCCAUUCUGACGACGUCGUCUGUAUUGACUACGAGACCACCGUGUGAGACUCUGUGAUUCCCUAGGUCCCUCCUGCCAUCCACCUGCAGCAGCCUUCGCCAGUCCACCACCCCACAGACAGGUGCUUACAGUAGAUUCACAGGUGCUUCGUGCACCUGUCCCACCUCACCUGUUAGACGCGUGUGACAUAAUAGGCCAGAGGAAGACAGUCCCACGUGUGUGUGCGCCAUGGCAUAAUAGUGGGAACUUGUAAUCCAAGUUGAUCAGAUUUAGGCAGACUAAUAUCAGCUACCAAGGCAGCUGUGGCAAUAAAUGGCAAGUUAGAUGUAAUUAAGAAGUCAGAACAAUAUAUUUAUAGGUAACAUUAGGCAAAUUGUGCCAUGGAGAGGUUUAGGCAAAUUUUCGAUAUAGAAAGGCAUACUUAUGACGGCGAAGCCAGCAAACGCAGUCGAAUGCUUCAGAAAUCAUCAAGCGUGUAGAUCUGUACGACAAGUGACUGAAACGUUGGGAUCUCCAGAGGGAGCAACACAAAUUGAACUUGUGGUCUAGGGUUCGACUCCUGAGGCCCAGAUAGCAAGCAUGGUAGCGACUGAGGGCGGGGAAUGUAGUGGGGUGAGAAGUUUGCUAGGAAUUCGUCGAAGGAGGGAGGAGCAGGAACGUGCAAGCAUAAUGGACGGUAGGGAUUGGUGGAAGAGAGGGAUAGGAACAGGUAGGAAUAGAGGUAGGUGGGGGACAGGGGCAGACAGGCAGCAAUGGUGGCAGGGAGCCAGGCAGCAAUGGUGGCAGGGAGCCAGGCAGCAAUGGUGGCAGGCAGGGAGACAGGGCAGCAGCUGUACGCACACACUUUACUGCCAAGGUCCACCAUGUCAACACGGACGCCGACGCCAGGAUGGGUCGCCGUCGUCGCCACCUUCACAACUGGCUUUACGAACAUACAAUCUUCUCGUCCCCUUUACUCUCCUUCCCCUCUCAUCACCCUUCACCCUUCCUCCCUCUCCCUCUCUCUCUCUCUCU